UGGUGGUGUCUUGGCCGUGACACAUAUUUGACAUGCCCUCCCAUAAUCCACUCACAGACUCUCGCUCUGCGGCAUGGACCAAAGAGAAAUUCUGCAGCAGUUGCUGAAUGUGGGCCAGAAAAAGAAAAUUAACAAUGAGGAGUUCGCCAAUGAAUUCCUGAAGCUGAAAAGGCAAUCUACCAAGUACAGGGCCGACAAAACGUAUCCUACCACUGUGGCUCAGAGGCCCAAGAACAUCAAGAAGAACAGAUACAAGGAUAUUUUGCCCUAUGAUCACAGCCUGGUAGAGCUGUCUCUGAUGACUUCCGAUGAGGAUUGCAGCUAUAUCAAUGCCAACUUCAUUAAGGGUGUCUAUGGACCCAGGGCCUAUAUUGCCACUCAGGGUCCUUUACCUACAACUCUCCUGGAUUUCUGGAGGAUGAUCUGGGAAUACCGUGUCUUGGUCAUUGUCAUGGCGUGUAUGGAGUUUGAAAUGGGGAAGAAAAAGUGUGAGCGCUAUUGGGCUGAGCCAGGAGAGACACCGCUGCAAUUCGGCCCCUUUUCUAUAUCCUGUGAAGCCGAGAAAAAGAAAUCUGAUUAUAAAAUCAGGACUCUGAAGGCCAAGUUCAAUAGUGAAACUCGAAUUAUCCACCAGUUUCACUAUAAGAACUGGCCGGACCAUGACGUGCCUUCGUCUAUAGAUCCCAUCCUUGAGCUCAUCUGGGAUGUGCGCUGUUACCAAGGAGAUCAGUGUGUUCCCAUAUGUGUUCAUUGCAGUGCCGGCUGUGGGAGAACAGGUGUCAUUUGUGCUAUUGAUUAUACGUGGACGUUGCUGAAGGAUGGGAUAAUUCCUGAGAACUUCAGUGUUUUUCAUUUGAUUCAGGAAAUGCGAACACACAGGCCUUCGCUCGUGCAAACUCAGGAACAAUACGAGUUGGUCUACAGUGCCGUGUUAGAACUGUUUAAGAGACAUAUGGAUAUUAUCUCUGACAAUCACUCUGGAAGACAGAUUCAAGCAGAAUUCUCAACUCCUGAACAAAACCUCACAAAAUCUCAAGCUGACUCUUGUCCUCUGGAUUUACCAAAAAACGCAGUGAACGAUGACGCAAAAGUGACAAACCAGCGGAGCAAACAGAGGGACGAAGAGGAGAGCGCCGACGCUCCUUCCUUCAGCUUUAUGACUUGUGAGAUCAGGGCCAAGGAAGAGUUGGCUAAAUCAAGCCCAUGCUUAGAUCUUUUGGAGCUAAACUGUGGGUGUAACAACAAGGCUGUCAUAACCAGGAGCGGCCAGGGAAUGGCACCCCCACUAAUGGGCGAGCCCCUUCAGAAGUAUCAAAGUGUAGAUUUCGGUCCCAUUUUGUUUGGGUCCUGUCCUAGCGCUCCACCUAUGAACACAGCAAGUGGGUGUCAUAAUUCAACGCGGCCAGUGACUCGAACCAAAUCAACUCCAUUUGCACCAACGCAGCAACAGAAAACAAACGCGUUGGGCAUAGAAGAUGGUUCUUCAAGCUUGAAAUCUCAACCGCACGAGCUUUGUCUCAUGGAGCUGCGGGCGCCAAGAGUGGACCACGUUUCCUCAGAGGAACUGAAUUACUCGCUGCCCUGCUCCUCUGAACGCCCAGCGGCCUGUGAUGCCCCUGGUGCACCGCAGCACGACCCCAGUGCUUCUAGAGUGCAGUCUCGCACGUCUUUGGUAGAAGACCCUUAUUUUCCGUCAUCACCUCCAAAUAGUGCCGGUUCUAAGAUGUCUCUUGAUCUGCCUGAGAAGCAAGAUGGAGCCCCCUUUCCUUGUGAUCUGCCACCAGCCUCUUCUACAACCUCCUUUUCUUACUGCAGCUCACAGGAUGCUUUAACCCCAAGCCCUCUGAGCAGUUUUUCCCCACCAAUAAACCAAGAGACAGCUAGGGAAGCUCCUGCUCCACGGGCAGAUGACGAAAUCCCACCCCCACUCCCUGAAAGAACACCGGAGUCCUUCAUUGUGGCUGAGGAUGGAGAAUUCUCACUCAGUGCUGCUGAAUCCUUACCUCUGGUGGUAAAGGUGAGGAUCGGAGCAUCACCGGAAUGGAGCGGAGCAUCUGAAUCAAAGAUCCUCGACCCCGUGGGACUUAUACCAAGCAAGAAUGUGGAACUCCGAAGUCCCAGAUCAGACGGACAGGGCGAUGACUCUCCUCCACCUCCACUCCCAGAAAGAACUCUGGAAUCCUUCUUUCUUGCUGAUGAGGACUGUAUACAGGCCCAACCCAUGGAAACUUACUCUACUAGCUAUCCUGAAACCACAGAGAACGCAACAUCGUCUAAACAAACAUUGAAGACCCCUGGGAAAAGUUUCACAAGGAGCAAGAGUUUGAAGAUUUUCCGAAAUAUGAAGAAAAGUGUUUGCAGUUCUUCCUCACCAAGCAAGCCUACAGAAUGUGUUCAGUCAAAAAACACCAGCUCCUUUCUGAAUUUUGGUUUCGGAAAUCGUUUUUCAAAACCCAAAGGACCAAGGAAUCCACCAUCAACUUGGAAUAUUUAAUACACCUCUGUAUUUAAGACUAUUGCUUGAAAUUGUGCCUGAAAAUAAAACUAGUAGAAUACUGUCAUAAUAUUAAUAUCAAUAAUGAAGAUAUAUUGUGUUAAUAGCUUUUAAAAGGAAAGCAAGAUGUGAAAAACUUCCAGCAACCUUGUAUUCUCAUAUUCUUUAAUUGGGAGCUGCCAAUAAAGUUUGUCACUAGAGAAUUUUUAAAAAA